CGCGCGCGCGUGCGCAUGCGCGCGCUCCCGACCAUUGAGAUUCAGGUCUGCGUUCCGUGCAUGCUCACAUUCGGCAGAGGUCCUGCGAGGGCGCUGGGAGGAAGGGGAGGGGAGUCCGACACAGCCGGGGCAAACCACCCAUGUCCAGCUUUUCGGAGAACCCGAUUUCCUCCCACAGCAGCUCGAGGCUCCGGCGCGCACGUGAUGUGGCUGACUCUCAUUUACAGUUGCACCGGCGGAGCAGCUCUCCUGUACGCUCUGUACAGAUGGGUGAUCCCUGCCGCCGUGCAGUAUCAUGGAGGACUGGCCCUAUUUUGGCACGACGUCGUCGUGGAGCGGAUGCUGGACACACUGACCCAGUCCACUCGUCCUCAGCGGCUCCUGGGUGCAGUUCAGAGGAACGCCACUAGAGGGGACCCUCGCAGCGUGGUCAAAGCCAUCGAUCAGUUCUGCAGGCAGAAGGAGUGGGCCAUGAAUGUGGGGGACGAGAAAGGCUGCAUUCUUGACUCGGUGGUGGCAGAGGUGAACCCCGCCGCUGUGCUGGAGCUGGGAACCUACUGUGGCUAUUCCACGGUACGGAUGGCCAGCCUGCUCCCCCCGCACGCCAAAAUCAUCACUCUUGAAUUUAACCCCGCCAAUGCUGCAGUGGCUCGUCAGGUCAUUGCUUGGGCAGGAGUAGAGGAAAAGGUCCACUUAGUCGAAGGCGCCUCGGGUGACUGGAUCCCCAAACUGAAGGAGCAGUUUGGGAUCAAAACAUUCGAUCUGGUUUUCCUGGAUCACUGGAAGGAUCGCUACCUCCCGGACACAAAACUAAUGGAGGAGUGUGGCCUCCUCAGGAAAGGCAGCGUCCUGCUGGCAGACAACGUCAUCUGCCCGGGGACCCCCGACUACCUGGAGUACGUCCGCAGCAGCCCCCUAUUCAAAAGCCAGUACUUCAAGUCUCACCUGGAGUACACCAAGGUGGAGGACGGCUUGGAGAAGUCUGUCUUCUUAGGGUAGGCGUCGUCCCCCCCCCCCCCCUUUAUUUUACACAGGUACUGGAAAACUUCAGACCGCUGUUGUUCACUUUGGGCCCGAAACACACAAUAUGUCAUUUUCUGCUGCUAUUGCUGUAAAGGAACAUGAUGAAAUAAGAUGGAGUUUGGUGACACUGUGAAGUAGAGUGGGAUGAUGGGAGUAGUUGUGUCUGAACCACCAUUGCUGUCAGCGCAGUCCUCUCCUUGAGAAGAUUGCCCCAGUGUUAAUAUUUCAGGUAGGGUUUUUUUUUAGUUUUUUUUUACGAGGAGCUGGAUUAUCUGGAGCGGCGUCCUCCUUUCUAGAAGAGAUGACGUGUAUGAAACAAUCCGUGAUUGGAAUCACACAUUUCUUUCUUUCUUUUUUGGGGUUAUGUGAAUACAUACCUGAACAAAGUAUAUAACAUGGUCUUUUAAAGACAUUUUAAUGCAGAAGAGAGACAUUUUUACACAUUUCAAAUCUGAAGUUUCCAAUACACGUGUUGACUUGAAAUUAAAAGUGACAUGAAGGGAGAGGCAAACAA